AUGCCCCGUGAGGUUGUUACAGUUCAAGUUGGCCAGUGCGGUAACCAGCUGGGACUUAAGUGGUGGGAUGUGCUGUUGCAGGAACACAAAGCUAACCCACAGUUCACUGAUGCUCGUGACGCACUAUUUGAUGUUAGUGGUAGCGCUCCCCUUGCAAGUGUCGGUGACAAGGCGUGCAGGGCCGGUUCUCUAAAAGCACGCUGUGUAGCUGUCGACAUGGAGGAGGGUGUGUUACGGGCGAUGCUCCGUGGUCCAUUAGGGCAUCUCUUUGAUGCAACAUUCUUUGUGUCGGAUGUAAGUGGUGCCGGUAACAACUGGGCGGUGGGUCAUAUGGAGUACGGUGACAAGUACAUUGACAGUAUCACGGAGACUGUGCGGGAGCAGGUGGAGCGAUGUGAUAGCAUACAAUCCUUUUUAAUAAUGCAUUCAUUGAGCGGUGGAACUGGUGCGGGUCUUGGGACGCGUGUGCUUGGGAUGCUAGAAGAUGAGUUUCCUCACGUGUUUCGAAUAUGCCCUGUUGUGAUGCCCUCAGCUAUCGACGACGUGGUGACGGCCCCAUACAACACUGCGUUUGCGGUCCGAGAGCUCAUUGAGCACGCUGAUGCUGUUCUGCCAUUAGACAAUGAUGCACUUGCGCGGAUGGCGGAUUCGGCACUCGGACAAAAAACCAUAGGCCAAGCGGCCGGUGAGCGUAAGGAACCGCAAACCACUUUGGGUGCACCAGCAGCGCGGGGUUACAGUGUCGCACAACCUACCCAAACCAAACUCCCCUACGACUCUAUGAACGCACUUGUGGCACAGUUGCUCAGUAACUUAACGUGCGCCAUGCGAUUUCCCGGCCCACUAAAUAUGGAUAUCAACGAAAUUACCACAAACCUAGUACCGUACCCGCGGCUGCUGUUUCUCACCUCCGCCAUUGCCCCCCUAAGUGUGGCGCGCCACGCUGCCGCUUCUGCACCACGUUCUGUUGACACAAUGAUAGCAGCAUGCCUCGACAAAAACCAUCAGUUCGUUGACGUUUCUAACGGUUUAUCCUCUGCGCUGACACAUGAGGCGGGUACUUGCCUUGCCACAGCCAUCGUAGCGCGAGGUCCGCAAAUCACUGUGGGGGAUCUUACGCGAAACAUUCCCCGUAUUCGUGAAAGGCAGAAGCUUGUGUACUGGAAUGAGGACGGCUGCAAGACAGCCUUAUGUAGCGUCAGCCCACUUGGUCAUCGGAACUCGGUGCUGAUGCUUGCAAACCACUGUUCAAUAGCACAAAAACUACAGUCGGCACACGAACGAUUUAUGAGGCUUUACUCAGUGCGCUCGCAUGUACAUCACUACGAACCUUAUCUUGAGCAAGCGUACUUUGAUGACACAUGUGAUACGGUAUUAACUGUCGUGGACGAUUACAACUAUCUUAACACUGUGCAAAUGCCGGCGGAUGUGCCACGUAGCAUGCGUGACCUUGUUUACUUUUGA